GUCGAGCCCUCAACAUACACCAAAGAGCAGCAGGAAAGCGCCAAGAAGUCUACUAUGAGAGGUGUUGAACUUCCGAAAAAUCCGAAGUUCACUAGCAUAACCUCUGAGGUUCUCUCAGUGCCUUAUAAUCUCCAAGACGCUUCACGCUAUUUUGAUUCGGACGAAAUUGAUCCAGCUAUGUCGGACAUUAUCCGAACGAGACUUCUCGCUGCAGCAGGCCUCAAUGACGACGCAGUCUCUGCAGAGCAUCAGGCGACCGCGAAGCGACUAAACAUAAAGCCAAUCUCUCCCAAUCGCGAUGUGAAUUUGUUUUUCACCCACAAUCCUACGUACUGCGGAAGUGUUGCACUUCAACUUGCAGCAGACUCAGAAGAAUCCGGUCUUCGACUUGCCAACUACCAUGUUGUCCCGACUUUGAUUGCCCACCUGUACAGUGAAACGCAGAGGACAAGGUUGCUGGAUGCCGCUUGGCCUGAAAUAGAUCAGUUUAUUGGUAUGCACAUAGCAGACAUAUUCAAUGGUCAACGACCCCAAUCUGCUGCAGAAGCAUUCAUCAAGUACACAAAGACUCUUGGAAUUUCCACCACUACGCGGCUGAAUCGACACCAGCGAGAAAAUCCUUUCAAAGAGCCUAAUUACAGCUUGUUACCAGUGAGCGAUGCUUUGCGGCCUUACUUUGAAGGAAAAGACACGUUUGCUGCCUCUGUUUCCAAACUCGAAGCUGUUGUUCAAGCUCACAGGCAAAUGAUUACCCACACUUCCAAGCACAAGCGCAGAGAAACUCGACGAAAACUCACUCCUAUCCAAUUUCUGGGCAAGAUGCAACAUUUGCUCAGAAGAGAUACCGAAGCUUCGUAUAGACUACAUAAGUCUGACCAAGACCUGCUACCUGUUGAUGAAGCAAAUACAUUCAGAGAUCAAGACAAGUGUUGGAAUCGACUACCCUCUUUACAAUGGCGAAGAUACUCUUGAACCUCUCUAUCCUAUCCUGGUCAAGGAUAUUCUGCGUGAUUCGAAGGAAAAACAAGGAGAGCGAGCUAGAGGGGAAGAUGGUAGUCAAAGUCCUCAGCUUGAGGCUGUAGCGCGAGUCCUGAAGAGAUAUCUGGAUAUCAGAUCUCGAGUUUGUGGCACUCCGAAUUGAAUAUCAAGCAUCGGGAGAGGUUGGAAGAGUACCUCGGCCUUAGAAUAGAAAUGAUAUAUGGAAUUCUCAAAAGGUUUGUCAGCAAGGUCAAGUCGUGCUUGCUCGCUCGCAUAUUGGGAGAUUUUCUGACUUGCACCUUGUGUUUCGUUGCUUUGCUCAAAUUCUCCGUGUAUAUCUUGCAGUGCGAGGGUCACAAGUUGCUUCAAAAAUCUUCUCUCAAUUCGGUGAAAAAAGUUGAGUCGUUUAAGGACUAAUCAAGGGGCAUUUGAUCUGCGCGAAUUGAGU